AUGAAAGAACCGCACGAGUCUCGAAAGCUGCCAGAGACCCCUCGAAAUCAGCCCCGCAACCCGAGAAGGUCUAGUCCACCAGAUCUUCUAUCAACUGCCACGAAAACCAUCAGCGCACGGAACCGAUCACCACAGUUAUCGACAUCAGCAAGCACUCGUAAGCGAACAUCGUUGCCACGAGUUCAAUCCACUCUCACGCAAAUUGAUUUCGUGACACAGCCCACACCUUCGAAUGAUGACCAGCUUGGCUACAUUGACGAACACAAGCGUCACGACGAUACCCAAGAAACACAUCAGCGGCCAAAUGUAGAUGACGGGUCUGACAAAGAUUCAGAUUAUCUACCCGUCCCACCAGUUCGGUCAGAAUGUGUCUCGAAAUUCAAGAUGAGUGAACGAGAGCGCGAUUCGAAUCAACGCCCGCAGAAGCGGAGGAGCUCUGGAAUCGUCAGUCAAGAUGCAAACCGAAGUCACGGAGCACGAAAGAGCGAGACACCGAGAGCAAGUGUUCGUCUUAAGGGCGGUCGAAAAUUUUUGGAGAAGUCAGUUGGAAAGCGGGAUAAGACUUUAACUCAGAUGGACUUUGUACGACGUUACAUUACCAUCGAUGAUGAUGACGACGACGUGAACAUGGGAUAUAUCCAACCGAUACCGCAGAAGAAAAACAUACAAUAUGAAAAGACAGAACAUGCGCGCAAAGUGAACCAACCACAGCCUAUGAAGCGUGCGACUCCUGCCAAACGAAAGCGCAGAGCUUUUGAAGAAGAGCUGGAUCUCUCAACCGGGGAACCUAUAUCUCAACCAAAAGAAGCGCAAGAAUCAAAUACCGGAAGUCGAGUUGAAGGAGAGCAUGCAUCUACAAUCCCUGUUACACCGCGGAAGUAUGGGACGCGCGAGAUUCCUUCUUCACAGACACCCGAAAGCCCUGGCCUCGCCAUCAUAACCUCGUCUCAAUUUCGCAGUGCUACUCGCUCUCCUUCAAAAUGGAAACUGUUAAACCUCACGGAUCACCCCUUGCAACCGAUUAAAGAAGAAUUCCUGGAAGCUCGGCGAGUGGCCGAAAAUUCACAAGUCCCUGGAGGUGAAUCCUUACCACGACCAACAACACUCGAUUCUCUAAGCAGCUAUAAAAAUUUGAUCCAUUCCGAUCUAACCACUACUGAGGAAUUCACCUCAUCUGCACCUGCAACAGAGUCAAUUUCCCAGAAGCUCCCCAUCGAAGCAAAUGGGAACUCGAGAAAUGAAACCACCAAGAGGGAGAGGACAGUCGUCUACGAAACGGAUGCGGACUCAGAAUACGGAGACUCCGAGGACAACCUUGAUAGACGUUCCGUGACGCCAUCUCUAAAGAAAAACCGUCGAGCAUUUGGUCCGCCGGACAGCUCACAGGUGACCCAACACAGCCCAGAGUCACCCAAGGAUGAUUCCCAAGAACUUCCUCUGCCAGCUGUGCAAUCGAGCCCUGGAUUAGAUGAUGCACCUCCAUCCGAAGGUCCAAUGUCUGAUGCCUCAAUUUGCUACCAACGAAUGCACGCAGCUACACAAUUCCCGCACGAGCCAAUACCAACGCUGAAUACGCAGAAGAUGUCUGAGCUUUUCCCCCACGAAGGCAGUAGCCAGUACACAAAUUUGGGUGCCUGGAGGCCUUACUUUCAAAAACAAGUACGGGGGCCAUUCUCGCAAACCCAGACAAAGAGCCAGGAAGGCGACAAAGAGUCUACUGAAAUGGUCCCCGAGUCAUCGCCCAUCCAGGAACGAGUAUGUGGAAUAGAGUCGGGCGACGGUUCGUUCCAGCGACCUCGAGUUCCUGGCUCAGUGGUACAAGUUGAGUCCUCGCAGGCGGUAGAUCGAGAUCCUCAAUGGAAGGGUCGGGUCCUCUCUCGGAGCCAGCUUCUUACAUCGAGCGUCAUGGAGAGCGUUCCGCUUCCGAAUUUUUGGAACGGGAGUCAGGAUAGUGUAGGAGAGCCUUAUAGCUUACCUGAAGCAUGA